AGUAGGGCGCGAAUGGAGCGGCUGCUGGGGUGUGAGAAAAAGAGUUCAGAGGAGUGCUUUGCUCGAAGCGGCAUUUAAUCAAACACCGUGUAGACACGAAAAUAACUGAGGGGACCGUGAUUUCCCAUACAAUUUUAUAGUUUUCAAUCUGAAUGCGUUUGGUGACUUUGCCGCUCGCAAGACAUCUCCUCUGUCUCUCUUUCUCUCCCCACUCUGCCCACCUCGAACCCUCGGGGCCUUAUGAUGAUGUCUGAAGGCUCCACUUCGCUUUGAAUAUUUUUUUUCUUUAGGUUUGUUUAAUUUAUUUUUUCGUAUUUUUUGUUCCAUGAUUUCUGUUCUUGUUGGUUUUUAUUUUCUUCAAUGACCAUGAAAUUUUCACAAUUUUAUUUUGAAAAGGUUGGUUUUCUAUGCAAGCUGGGUUUAGAAUGGCUUUAAAUUUCAAAGACCAAUUUUUUGACAUUGUGAUUUAAUAUGAUUUAUACAGAGUUGAGGUAAAAAAGGUGGGUGGAUGAUCACUUUAAACUUUCAAUGGUUGUGAUGAUAUAAUCCUAGUUGAAUGCAUGUAUUCUGGAGACUUUAGGCACCUUGGUCCUUGGGGUCCCUACAAACCAGAGAUGACUGUAGAUAGGCCACCAUGAUUGGCUUGCCUCAGUCAAGGAUAAUUAAAUUUCUACUGCCUCUUGUCAUGAUGAGCUAAGAGCUUAUCAAAGCAAAAGAACUAGUGACCAAAGGCAAAUUGGAUACCUGUUUUUCAUUAAAGACAUGCAUUCUUCUGAGAGAGAGGAAGAGCUAGAGAGUCUAUAUAAGAACUGGGGACCAAAAGCUGUUCUGCGCAGACACUUUGUAAGUUCUUUGUUUUUUCAAUUUUCAAAAGAAUCAGAAUGGUAGUAAAGGUGUAUGGCCCUUUCUAUGCUUCACCUAAGCGUGUGCUAGUGUGUCUUGUUGAGAAGGAGAUUGAAUUUGAGACCAGCCCUAUUGAUCUCUUCAAGGGAGAGCACAAAGACCCUGAAUUCCUCAAAUUGCAGCCCUUUGGACAAGUUCCUGUCAUUCAAGAUGGGGAUUACACUUUAUAUGAAUCGCGUGCAAUCAUAAGGUACUAUGCAGAAAAAUACAAGUCCCAAGGGACUGAUUUGCUGGGAAAGACAAUUGAGGAAAGAGGUCUUGUGGAACAAUGGCUAGAGGUUGAAGCAAGCAACUAUCACCCACCACUCUACAACUUAGUUAUUCAGAUUUUGUUUGCCCCAGAAUUGGGUCUUCCUUCAGACCCGAAGAUCAUUCAGGAGAGUGAAGAAAAGCUUGGCAAGGUGUUGGAUGUUUACGAGGAGAGGCUGUCGAAGAGCAAGUAUUUGGCUGGUGAUUUUUUCAGCCUUGCUGAUCUUAGCCACCUUCCCUUCACCUACUACUUGGCAAAUAGUAUGGGGAAGGAGUAUAUGAUAAAGGACAGAAAGCAUGUCGCUGCUUGGUGGGAUGAUAUUAGCAACAGACCUUCUUGGAAGAAGGUACUCCAGCAGUUUGGUGCCCCAUUUUAAUGUAUUGGAAGAAAUUUUUGCAUGCAACGAGUGUAUACAAUGUGUCUUGUAAUAACUUGUCAUGUGAACGACCCGGUUGUAUACAAGAUUUUUUGUAUCUUGGGGUUUUGGGCAAAAUAAAUAAUUAAUAGUACUUUGUGGGAAUAAUGUGCUCUGCCCCUUGUAAUUUGCUUUCUCACUUAGGACUUAAAAAAAGCAUUCAUGCUGGAUCUGUAAUAAUCCAUUCAGGAUGUGUAAGUGGAUUAAUAUGAUAUAGUUGGAAAGGUUUUGUUAAAAGCUGUA